AUGCAACUGCAGUAUGCACUUGGAUGUUGGUGGUCGGAUGGUUUACUGUGGAUAUGGAAUAGUUCUUAUCGUUUUACAAAGAUAUCAACUUCAUCUGAAAAUUUUGUAGAUUCUACUCAAGCAAAGCAAGUUGACAUUGGAUUUGAGCUUAAGGAAGUCUUAUUAUUUGGUGAUGUCUUAGUUUGUACUGACAAAGAAAAGUUUUUUCAAGUUGUUAGAAUUAACAAAGGUGAGAUACAAUACAACAAAAGACUUCCUGUCGAUAGUUUAAAAUUAAAAGCAGCAGCUGUAUCACCUGAUAAUUCUGUUAUUUUAACUGUAAACAAAACAGAAUACACAUUAUGGAAAUGGGAAAAUAGCAACAGUGAACUUUACUUGAAACCUUGGCAUACUGCAGAAAUACCCAUAGCAGCUGUCAUUGAAAAAUUUGUUGAAGAACAGAUAACUGGAAAUGAUCUAAAGUUCAAUUGCUGUAUAAGUGAUAGUAAACAAGCAGUCAUAACAAUUUGCAAAGGCUACAGAAUUAUGGGCAUUUAUGUAAUUAAUGUUCACGAGAAUGGUGAUGUGAAUGAGAUUUUGCAUGAUGCCGGUAAACAAUAUUUGUUCUCUCACCUACUCGUAUACAAAUCUUAUUGCAUUGGAGUGUCUCGUCAUGAGUCAUUGGUUGCUGUAGAUUUAAAGAGUGGUGAAAUAUGCGCCAAAUUUGACGAAAAAGAAACUUUCUGAGUGAUUACAACUUAUUAAUGUCUCUUUCAAGUACAUAUACAGAUAUCUAUCCACAUGAGGUUUGCGAUGAUAAGUGUUUGGCUGAAAGCAAGAGAAUGAUAUUUUUUAAAUUUCUUUGUCAAACCUUGAUCGAUGAAUAGAAAAAAUAAAUAUUUACAUGAUAUGAAACUUUCAGACAUCAAAUAAUUAACAUACAUUAGUUGUAUUUGUCACAGAAUCGUAGGUGAUAAUAACUAUGUAGUCUUAUCAAAGUGCUAAGAAAAAAAUUACAAAACAACACAAUCCAAAACUACAGUUUUUAUGUAUGUACAACAAGUGUGUCGGAUGAAGUGAUUAAAGAAAUAUCAUGGUAGUUAUAACAAGACUAUUUUGAA